AUGUGUGCUACCAUUCGUAUCGAUAAAAUAACACCGCAAUAUCUAUCUAUCUAUCUAUCUAUCUAUCUAUCUAUCUAUCUAUUUCAUAUUUUAGUAUCUAUCUAUCUAUCUAUCUAUCUAUCUAUCUAUCUAUCUAUCUAUGAUGGCUGCUACCUACUUUUCGAUAUAUGUGUAUAUUUUAAACCCCGUAAAACAUCUAUCUAUCUAUCUAUCUAUCUAUCUAUCUAUCUAUCUAUCUAUCCCGUUUUUUUCAUGUUCUUUCUAAUCUAUCUAUCUAUCUAUCUAUCUAUCUAUCUAUCUAUCUAUCUAUCCCAGUUUUUUUUUUAUAUUCUUUCUAUUCUAUAUAUCUAUCUAUCUAUCUAUCUAUCUAUCUAUCUAAAACUAUUUAUAUGCGUCGGCCAAUGUACAGUCAUUUCAGAUAAUAUCUAUCUAUCUAUCUAUCUAUCUAUCUAUCUAUCUAUCUAUCUAUCUAUCCCAGUUUUUUUCAUGUUUUUUUCUAUUCUAUCUAUCUAUCUAUCUAUCUAUCUAUCUAUCUAUCUAUCUAUCUAUCCCAGUUUUUUUCAUGUUUUUCUAUUCUAUCUGUCUAUCUAUCUAUCUAUCUAUCCCAUUUUUUUAAUAUCCUUUCUAUUUUAUCUAUCUAUCCCAGUUUUUUUUUAUUCCUUCUAUUCUAUCUAUCUAUCUAUCUAA